AUGUCGCCCUUUCGCCCUCUUUCUAUUAUUGCGGCAUCCCAAAGACUGCUGCCCGAGCUACUACGUCUGGAAAAAGAAACAGGUAUUGAUUCGAUCCAUCUACAGCGCCAGAUGUGUGUUCUGGACGAGGCGGUCCGCCAGAUUGUUGUUCUGAGCCCAGGUCUAGAUCCCGCAUGCACAUCAUCAAACACCGGCGACAGAAACAUCGGUCCUGUGCGAUUCUUUGAGGAUGCCCUGGCGUCAUGUGAUCAGUCUCUGGCUGGACUCCGAGCGGCUCUCACUCCUAAUAGGAUCAAAAUCUUGAAUCGUGUCGCGAAGGACGGCGAUGAGCAUAAUGUCGACACAAUCUCUGUCAUACAGGGUCUCAUGCGAGAGCUGGCCACGAACAUCAAUAAGGUCACGGUCGUUGCAUAUUGUCUCAAUUCAAAGUCACUCGAAUCCUCUGCGGUUUUGGCCGAUCGACUGGAAGACUUUUGUCGAUGGUUGUCGGAAACUGGAGUCUUUCCAGAUCUAGGAGUCCUCUCCGAUGACCUCAGCAGCCAGAACACCUCUUCUUCGCUACUCCCCAUCUCGAACAAGCGCAAAGUAUUCUUUAGGAUAUCCGAAUAUGACCUAUCUUCCCCGUCAACGUCUCGGCGGGUGAAAGGGAAUCUGUCACUUCACCACACUAUCUGCCCAUUAGCAGAGCUCGAUGAAAACACAGCCGAUAACCAGCCCUUCACUUUGAAAUUCCGUUGUCACUGCGAGGACGAGGACCACAGCAACAGCUUGUCCUUCCAGUUGUUUUCCGACCGAAGUCUCCCAGUAAUGGAGGUCGAAGAGUCUUCGUACGGGGUAUGGCACAUGCUGUUGGUUGGCAACCGCAAAAAUGUCGUCUCCGCCCGAAUAGAGCUUCUCCAACACGAACAUCGAGACUACGCCGUUAUUGAGGCCUUGUGGAGUCGCCUGGUUCGACUCUUCCUUCCACCUAAGGAAGAGAAGAAUCAGUCGAUUCGAGGAAUGUUUGCAAUCUCCGACAGCACUGUUUCGGUCCUCCGAUCGAGAGCCACAAUGUUAUCCGGGGUCACGUUCAUGAUCGACGACUCCCAGUUUUCUCCCGACUGGAAACCGAACGAGAUUUACUUGCAGCUGCUCCAUCAUUCUCGUGCUUCCAGCUCAUCCUUAGUGGGAGCUUCAAGCGACGAUCGUCACUACGCCUUUAUACAAGAGUCUCAUUUCUCCGUCUUGGUUAGUGAUAAGCCACCAUACAGUGCCGGUACCGAGUCUCGCGUGAAGGAUCAUGUGGUCACAAUUUCCCGGAAAACCAUCGUCAACCAUCCUGGCACGUCAUUCAUUGUUACGGUUGAGGACGUUGACUGCUUUGAGGAUGGCUCGCCACAAGCACGCACAAGUUGCACGAGCGUGAUUUUCAGGUUCCGAGAGAAAAGAGCUGCCACCGAGUUUGCCCAGUACCUCGACCGUAUGAAAAAGUUGUUACAGGAGAUUGAAUUGCAAGGUCCUGUGAAUGCAGAGAAUUUUUUAUACCAGAGAGAGCACGAGUCUCCUCCUUCAGAGGCCUCUCAACAGGCCAAGUCCUGUGUUACCAUAGCGUAUCGGAAGUCACAAUCCAGGGAGGACUCCCAGAUCCGCACCAUUCUGACCCGAGUUGGACACCGCGGGUCGGUCUCUUUGGCAGCGCCGGCCUCGUUUCUGCAAACCAUCGAAAGAGGACCGCCGUAUAAUCUUUCUGACCAGAUGUUCUGGUCGCUUCAGUAUGCCGAGAAAGGUUGCCCACUCAUCACUCGGAAGAAAUGGGACAACCUGUUGGAUGUGAAGAGAACCUCUGUUCCUCGUCUUCAUACCUUCAUCUCACAGGCAGGGCCAGCGGCCAUUCGAGGAGACCUUUCAAAGACCGCGGCUUGGUUUAAAGAACUGGAAGACGUCGAGCUCGUUUUGCGAACACCAAAGAGAAUUCGCAUAAGUGAAAACUACCGGCCAGUGCGGGUAGCUGUUAUAGACACCGCUGUCGACCCGAGUCGCAAAGUCGUCGCCGCAUAUGACUUUAUUAACAAGUGCGUUGUUGGCUCGGACAAAGAUGCCGGAACGCAGAACUUCCAGCACGGGACGCAAUCAGUAGACCUCAUUCUCAAGGUGUACGACGAAGCAGUCAUCUUUGUUGCAAAGAUCUUUGACGGUGAGCAUGUCGACGAGAAGCAGGGCCCGCUCUUGAUGGCUGAGGCUAUCACUUGGGCAGUAUCCCAAUCCGUCGACAUCAUCAGCAUCUCGGCCGGUUUUGCAUCUUGCCCCGAGGAACUUCGAGCCGCCGUCCAUCAAGCCCACGCCGCCGGGAUUCUCAUCUUCGCCGCAGCCUCGAACUGGGGCAACACGAACCAGGUGGCGUUCCCAGCCCGCAUCCAAGACCAGGUCUUCUGCAUCUUCGCCACGACGGCAGCCCUGAAAGACGUCCCCGAGAUCAAUCCCGAGCCGCGUAAGAACGCAGACAAUUUUGCGCUCCUGGGGCAUGACAUCGACCUGCCGGGCCACGCCGGCCUUGUAAGUGGGACGUCAGCGGCGACGGCGUUGGCAGCAGGGUUGGCAGCGCGUGUGAUUGAUUUUGCCCGGCACACGGAGCACCCAGAAGAAAUCUCCGGGUCGUACAUGAUCGAGUCAAAAGCGGGGAUGACGGCUGUGUUCCGAGCCUUGACGAUGCAGAGUAAAAAGUACGACUGCGUCAAACCGAGGCGGAUGCUGCCUGAGCCGUGGGAGGACGAUCUGUCGAACCCAAGUCGCACCAGGUCACAUGUGAGGAGGUUUCUUUCGAGCGUUGUGAGGAACACCAUGUGA